AUGACCAACGUAGCUAGAGAGCUUUUGAAGAAGCAAUUUAUAGAACUGUCUCGCGACCACAACGCCGGGUUUUCCGUCGGGCUGGUUGACGACGCAAACUUCUUUGAGUGGAACGUAUGCUUUGAAGGGCCAAAAAAUACCCUAUAUGAAGGGGGUAUAUACAAUGCCACCCUUUCCUUUCCGACGGAUUUUCCAAACCACCCCCCUCAAAUGAAGUUCACCCAGGAUAUGUGGCACCCAAAUGGUGUGGAUAUCUACAACGAACAGGAGAAGUCGGAGGAACGGUGGAGGCCCAUCUGGUCCGUCGAAGGAAUUUUGGUCAGCGUCAUUUCGAUGCUAAACGAGCCCAACCUUGAAUCUCCUGCCAAUGUGGACGCGGCG